ACUGUGCUGUCAGGGGAUGAAUGUGAGCGGCUAGCCGGCUGGUAGCUUUGGCAAUGUUGUCACUAUCAGAAUGAUAUCGCAGCGGGACAGAGGAGAACUUGCUCGUUUUUAUACUGUCACAGAUCCUAAAAAGCACCAGAAAGGCUAUACUGUGUACAAAGUCACCGCAAGGAUAAUCUCCAGGAAGAACCCAGAGGAUGUCCAAGAGAUAACAGUCUGGAAGAGAUACAGUGAUUUCCGAAAACUUCAUCAAAACCUCUGGCAGCUGCACAAGAAUGUAUGUAGCCAGUCAGAGCUGUUUCCUCCCUUUGCGAGGGCCAAAGUCUUCGGCCGUUUUGACGACUCAGUAAUCGAGGAAAGAAGGCAGUGCUCUGAGGAUCUGUUACAGUUCUCCGCUAAUAUCCCUACUCUCUAUAGCAGUCAGCACAUCCAAGAUUUCUUCAAGGGAGGUGAGGUCCACGACGGCUCGGAGCUCAUUGGACCAGCUGAACCCUUUUCUGACUUCUUGGCAGACAGUUUAUCAGACUGCAGCUCUGACGUUCAAAGAGACAUCAGUGGUGCAGAUGAUUUGACUAUCACAUCUGAGUAUGGAGGCCCUUCCAGUGACAGCGACCUGACCUCCUUGGCUGUGGAUACAGACUCUUUGGCUGGGCUGGAUGAUGGCAUGGCCUCAGGUCGCACCUCCCCAAACCAGCCACAGGGGGGAGCCACCAACAUUAGCAGCAGCUGCAGCCCUCGCUUGCCCUCCCUGCACGAUCGCCGCAGCCCAUCUCCUGCCCCACUCCCUGCCUCCUCAGCCCCUAACCCAGAGGUCAGCUGGCCAGGCCGAACGUCACUCUUUCCCGGUAGUCUGAAGAAAGGCGGUAGUGGCAACUCUAAGGACGUGAAGUCAGACUACCUAGACAGAGCCAGUGAGCUCAUCUGUUUGGCUGUACAGAAGGAGAAAGAGCAGGACUUCCAGGCAGCUUUCUCCUGCUAUCGCAGCGGAGUGGACCUGCUGCUGCAAGGAGUGCAAGGUGAGCCCAGUCCCACGCGGCGAGAGGCAGUGAAGAAGAAGACUGCAGAGUAUCUGAUGCGUGCAGAACAGAUAUCCAGUCAGCAUCUGAGAAGCAACAUGGGUCAAGGGUCAACACAGACAGUGGCUUUGGGGGCACAGUGCUGCCCGUCCACCAGCAGAGGAGGCCAGCAGAGUCCAUUCGAGGAGCUGAGAGCUUACAGGGUGUUGGGCGUCAUAGAUAAGGUUCUUUUGGUCAUGGACAAGAGAACACAAGAGACGUUCAUCCUGAAAGGUCUGAGGAAGAGCAGUGACUGUGGGCGGACUAAGAGAACAAUCAUGCCUCACUCUGUACCCCACAUGGUGCAGCUGAGGAAGUUCAUCGUUUCUGAAGACACUGUUUUUCUUUUGCUGCAGUAUGCGGAAGGCGGGAAGCUGUGGUCUCACAUUGGAAAGUAUCUUCGUAAUACCAGCCCAGAGGAGAGCUUUGACAUCCCUUUCAUCCAGAAGAGCCACACAGCGGCUGUGCACUCUCCACAACAUGCUGUACCACAGCUGGAUGUAGGGUCAGCCAGUUCUGGUUCUGGGCCGGUUGCUUGUUCUGAUUCUAUUUCAGGGCUGCUGAAGGAAGGGAAGACCCUCAUCACGUCUCCUCAGAAAAGUGUUCUCCCUCUGAGGCUUAUCGAACAAAUUGGGGCCCAGUCAGACUCCGGAGCCACCUCUGAGGAAGAGUGCACCAACAGUUAUUUGACACUUUGCAAUGAGUAUGAACAAGAUAAAGUAGAACCAGAUGCACUAGAAGAGGAGGAAGAGAAGAGCGAACAGGAAAUGCUGUCACUGGAAGUGCCCAUUGCGACGACCACCACUUCCUCUCGUAGUCGCUCACUGCUUAGCAACGACAGCCUCUCUUCACCCAUCAGCUCUCAGGAACUUGGCUUUUUCACUGAGUCGUCUGACAAAAGUGGCCACACCCUUGACAAUGAGCAAUACCGUGGUGAGGGACAAGACCACAGUGAAGUCUUCAGUCCUUUGCCCUCCCCUGCUGUGCCUCUGUCUUUGGAUCAGUCCAAACACACACCAAUGGAGUUUUUCCGUAUUGACAGCAAAGACAGUGCAAGCGAGGUGACCUGUCUCGACUUAGGAGAGCAGCGCCCCUCUUUUAAGCCAGUCCCCGUUUUUUCUACAUCUGACUUGGGCUCGGAUGUCACUGAAGAUCUUCCAGAGCUGGCUCAGGAGGUCAAGGGCCACAGCUCGGAGCUUUGGGGGUUGGACUGUAGCGAUAAAGGCUCAAACGAGUCGGUGCCAGUCAUCUCGUUUAAAGAGGCAGUAGUUGAGGAUGAGGGUCACCCACCAGACCUUUUGGUCAACCUGCCUGCAACCAGUGGGGCUGUAGACUCUUUACAGGAGGAUUUUGAGACUUCGGGAGUGUGUCUGGGCCUCGAGGCCACAGCCUCACCUCAGAAGUUCAUCCAGCCUGAUGUUUUACAGCUUCACAGCCAGCCUGAGGAAGGGGAGGAGCAGCCACUGGAGCAGGAGCUUUCAUCUUUGUGUACAGCCUCUGCAACUUGUGACACCAGUGUUGCGUCUUCCUCUCCCUUCAACUCACUGUGGGAUGACUGCAGCUUGGCGUUUGAGCACGAGGACUCUGAUAAAAUGGUGGUUCAUCCUGCAUGCCAAAAUAAUGACCUUCCCCUUGACUUUCCAGUUACUGACUCACUUAAUGAGAAACAAGAGGCCAGUACAAGAGUAAAUACAGACUUGGUUUCAGACCCGAGUGGCACCAGCACGGGCUCUAACCCAGCCACAAACGGGACUGAGGCCCGUGCAGUGGUUGAGAGUUUAUUAGGUCUUGAUGGUGAAUCAUCAAGAGUUAUUAGUAAUACAGGUGGCAGUGAAUUUGAUAAAGAAGUAUCACGGCUGUUUGCAGAGCUGGACGAGCUGUCGCUGGCAGCAUCCCAAGCUCGUAUCCCGGAGGAGUUUGUACAAUGCUGGGCCGCAGAGAUGGUGACAGCACUGGAUUCUCUGCAUCAAGAGGGCGUCAUCUGUCGAGAUCUAAACCCCAACAACAUCCUGGUUGACCACCAAGGUCAUGUUCGACUUACCUACUUUUGUAGCUGGAGUGACGUGGAGGAGUCCUGUGACAAAGAGGCCAUUGCCAAUAUGUACUGUGCACCAGAGGUAGGAGGUAUCAGUGAGGAGACGGCAGCAUGCGAUUGGUGGAGUUUGGGUGCCAUCCUGUUUGAGCUCCUGACAGGCAUGUCUCUGCUGCGGUGCCAUCCAGCUGGAAUUGGUCGCCACACCGCUCUCAACAUCCCAGAGUCUGUUUCAGAGGAGGCCAGAUCUCUGCUGGAGAAGUUGCUCCAGUACAAUCCAAUGGAGAGACUGGGGGCAGGUGUGGGAGGCGUUGAUGAUAUCAAAUCCCACCCUUUCUUCGCCCGGGUGGACUGGCCGUAAUAGCCGCUGUGCAUUGUGGGACUGCGGAAACGAAGAGUUACAUGAUGGGAAAACUGGUUGUUCUGAAUGACUCCAUUCAGCCUGAAUACAUGAAUAGAUAUACAGUAAAUACAGAUAAUGCAUUUCUGUGCACAUCUCCCAGUUUAUGUCCGGCCAUCCAGUCCCCAUGUACUGUUUUUUGUACGGAAAUUGCCGAGAAGCAGUAUUACCUUCCUUGUAAAUUUGCAUAUUUCUUUAUCUCAUAGAGGGUUUACUGUGUAACCUUUUUGGUGCAGGGAACACUUAACAACAUGUGUGGUGCAAUAAUUUAUUCAGUAGGCGCUGGUACUGAGUGAUGAUCCACUAUGACAUUGUUGCUUUUUCACUCCUCAUACCGUAGCUGUAAGCCAAAAUGACACGACUGAGAGCGAGAGGUGACAUUUUUGUGUUUUCACUGCAUUCAUUAAGUACUGCAUGCUUCCUGUUGAAACUGACAGACUUAAGUCACCUUUUUUAAAGACCCUUGUGCAAUACACUCUUUGUUGCCACCUAUAACACUUAUAUCAUUCCUCACGGAGCCCACUGAGAUUAGCUGUGAGUGAGACAGGUUGAGCUUUUUAGUUGAUGCGGGGGUUGUGUUGCUCUGAUCUAGAAACAGAUAUGUUAUCUCAUUUCCUACAACACUGUCAAACCUUUGUUUUGCCAACCCCUUUUUACUGCCAACCAGCCCACGUACAGUAACAGAGAUGGACACUAUGCAAGGUGAAUGAACAAAAUAUUUUGAGCUAGAGGUUUUGUUGUUAAGUGAAGAAUUUAGCUAUAUUAAGAUUUGAAUAGAUUAUAGCUGGAAAAAGGGCCGGUUUAACACACAGCAUAAGCCUUCUCCUUGUGUGGAAAGAGUGUAUUUCAUUCACUGUAGAAAAAGAGAAUAAAGAAUGAUGAGGCUUGAACCACACAUUUGAAACCAGCCCUUUUACAGAUUCUAGUUGUUUUUAUGAAUUUCAGAGGAAACACUGCACUGUACAACACUGCAUUGUCUGCAUGUAGGAAUAUGAUUUAUGUAAUAUAUUUAAUACAAUGAAAACUCUAUCAAACAAUAAAUAAUGUGUGUCUUGUAAAUAUACCUUUUUAAAGGUUGUUGUGUUGAGUGAACGGUACACCCAGGUCCGGAAGCCUUGAUUAUGUCCAACUUGUCAAUCACUUACUGCCUCGUCAAUCAAAUCCUUUUUAUUUGAUUGUGUUUGUUCUGCUAACUUGCCACACCGUUCAUGAUGCUUAUUUUAUAUCAAUAAUUGCAGAAUUAUGUCGUAAACAUUUCCAUCGGUACAUUACAUCACUUCUUGUAUAAUCAGAUGAUACUUUUGAGAAUUAUUGAAGCAUAUAUCGAACGCAUCUUAACACCUUUCUAUAACAAUAUACAGAGAAUCACUCUUGUACUCCACUGCACUGCGGAUUAAUACAUGUUAACUGACAGAUACUGUAAAUGACCAGGUUCAUAUACCACCUAUUAACCAUUUUUAUCAUACAAACAUCACAGUGAGAUCAGAUUUUUUUCCGUUUUCUAUUGAAUGCUCACUCGUCUGUGCUGUAUGUCUGUACUGGUCUGUCAGCGCACUCUGGAUAACAAUAAACAUACCUGGAUCAGUACAUCCACAA